AUGCACUUCUCUCCCCUCCUCUUCAGCCUCGGCGCCCUGGCAGCCACAUUUACGGCCAAUCCAGCACCCGCACAACUUACAGAAGCACUGCCAGCGCUAGAUGCAGGAACAGCCGAGCUAGGCCACGACGCACUAUCCGGCAACCUGCCCAAAAACCUUGCCAAGAUUUGGAUCUUCAGCAACCUCAACUGCGAUCAAAACAACGGUCCUGCUUGGAACAUCUACGUACUUCCCGGCGAGGACAGAUGCAUUCCGUAUCAGAAUGUCGGAUCGAUCUUCGCGUGGUACGAGUCUGAUAUUGGUGAGUUGUUCGCGUCGCUCAGCGUCUCGUGCCCUAAGGUGUAA